AUGCCGAUAACAGAUCCGAUACAAUUUAAUGAAUCAAUAUGGAAUAUUGUGUUGCGUCGUAGGAGUCGCCCGCGCCUCGGCCGUCGGCCCGCGCGGCUCCGAGGAGUCGAGAACAGAAGGCCGCGUGAGAGAUGCAUACACCAAUGUCCCGUGCAUGCGCGGCGUAGCGGUGAGUGCGCCGGCGCCGGCCGGCCGCGGGACCGGUCCGACGAGUGGGGCGACUCGAGGGCGGGUCGUCAUCUGACCACGAGGGAGGAGGAACGUGUCCAU